CCGUUAUUGAACCAAGACAAAUUCCCCACAACCCAUAAUAGGAAUUACAACGGACCCCAGAUACCAUCACCCUCCAAUGGCUGCCCGUCUCCCCCAACUCGCCCGCCUCAUUCUCUUUACUGGCCCAAAUUGUUCCCUUUGUGAUGUCGCAAAAUUAGAAUUAGCGAAAGUCAGGCAGUCAUAUCAAUUCGAUCUUGAAAUAGUCAACAUACAGGAUAAAGGCCAGGAAAGGUGGAAGAAGAAAUACGUCUACUGGAUUCCCGCGCUCCAUCUGGAUGGGAGGGAGAUAGCGAAAGGUCGUUGGGAUGCCUCCACCGUGCUCGAGUCCAUGAGGCAGUGGAAUGCGGCGCUGGAAGCUCAGGAGGAAAGUAGUCCUUACAGGUCCAAUGUCGCCUGCAACUUUUACAUCGAUACCUCUGGAUCAGCUGGGUUCCAAGAAUUGUCACCGCAGUUAUGCUUUUAUGACAGGCACGUCUCCGGUAUCCUAGGCGAGAACCGCAGUCCAUCCCCUACAUUCCUUGAUGUUCGCUUUUGUUUCAACUGCGGCUCACCUGAUCACAUCAUUGGGUCCUGUCCCGAACCGCAUAAUCGUCCCCUCAUCGCGCUGUCGCGGCAACUUUUCAAUUUUUUGCGCUCUGAUGGGGAAACGAGGGAACCGGGAAGAUUUCAUGUUGUUGAAGCUUGGAAAAAACAACGGCUUGAAUGGUUGGAAUUUUUCCAGCCCGGAAAGGUUGUUGGUCCCGCCUUGCGCGAAGCUUUGGGCUUGCAACAUGGAGACUCAGGUCAUCAGUGUGCAUGGCUAUGCAACAUGUCAUAUUGGGGCUAUCCUACAGGAUGGAUAAGUGAUACCGAUCCAAGGGAUGCCGUUCGCCAACGAAUUUUAGGAGACUUCGACACUCUGAUACACGGUCAUCCACUUGAAGGUGCCGAUGACUCCUUCCUCGUAAUUAGUGGCGAAGAGGACCACGAGGUGAUCGACCUAAGUCUUGCAACGUCUUUUUACAUCAAAUCAGGCGAGGACGAAACACCGGUUGUCGACGAUACUUUGUCUGCCAGCUCUGACUCGGGGCUCCGCUCAUUGACACCCCGUAGGUGGGCAACAUACCCCGAUGAUUAUUUCUCCUCAGACCACCUCACCGUCUAUAAUGGAACGACAUUACAAAUAAUAUCCGGAACUCAAUCUGCGAAUGUACUUGUUCCUCCUUGGAGAUUACCUGGGGCAUUUUCUUCGCUGCAAUCGCACAUCGAGUGCCAACCACCUCCACCACCUUCCACCCCUCCUCCGCUGCCACCUUCUCCACCUUCACUUCCUCCGCCGCCUGUACACCCCCAAUAUUGUGCACUCAUCACUGCCACAGAGGAUGAUUCAAAUGACAGCGACAUGGACAUGGAUCUUUCAGACAAUGAAUAG